UACUUACACGUAUACAUAGGAGUUAAAUAAGCGGACCCGGCUGAAUUUGACAUACACAUGUCGGACAGGAACUCCCUGAAUGUUGUGUGUUACACCAAAACAUGUCCGUCCCUCCUGAAGAUUCGACAAUUAACAGUUCCGAUUACGCUUUAACUGUUGUUCACCGCGAGAGGGUGCCGUGACAACGCGAGUGGCGAAAACACGGAGAAAAGAGCGACGCUUUACAACCGUGUGGACUUGUAAUACGUUUAAGGGACGUAAUUAAAUUACAGUUAAAGUAAAAGUCGAUUACUACUCAAGCUACUACCUAAGAUUUACCAAAUAUCUGCAUAUGCGAGUCCCACUACAGCUUCUCUGGUUUUCCCAUUAGCGCACCAGAAUGGAAAAGUGAAAUAUGAUUAGUGUCUUCUGGGAUUUUUGGAGCAGCAUUCAGAAAAAAAACUUCAACACAACAACUCAAAACAGUAACAGAAUCAGAUUGAAACAUGUAUUAGCACCAACUCCAGAGGAAGGAAAGUCCCCUGGAGUGGACGAACACUUUUUUUCGUGACCACCGUAAUGUCCCUUCUGUGCAUGCAGAGUGCAGCCUGGUUUAAGUUUUUAAUCUAUCGUAAUAUAUUUAAAUCGUGUUUUAAUCGUGUCAAGUUUUCAAUAAUGUGCACAGAGGAACCUGUUGUGAAUAAACGGGAUCGUCAGGACUAUUACGCGCUGAACUGGAGCAGCACAGAAAUGUUGGAGAGGCACCAGAGCCCUCGGAUACGCACACACAGCGCAUCAGAUCAUCUGAUGGUCCUCACGUUAUCUCCUCCUGGUUGGAGAGGACCUGCUUUAGCCGCGAAAUGCGUCCCAAAGAGCAGCAGCUGACAGGACACAAAGCAUCGACCGCACAUAGAUGAGUUAUAGGAGGAUGGACAUGUUGCUUAGGCGAAACCUGAGGAGAAGCGUGGGGCUCUGCAUUCUCCUGUUGGCGUUUGUAAAUGAGGCCACAGGCCAGAGAAGAAAAGCAAGACUCAGGAACAACUACAAGCUGCAGGACGAUGGAGGAAAUGGUCAGACAUGUUCACUGGAGGUGGCCUUCAUCCUGGACAGCUCAGAGAGCGCUACCAUACUCCUGUUUGAGAAGGAAAAGUCUUUUGUCUUGAGCUUCAGCACGCGGCUGUCUAUGCUGCAGGUGGCCGGCUGGAAGCUGAAGGUGCGAAUGGCUGCGCUUCAGUACAGCAACUCUGUUUCCAUAGAGCACAGACUCUCAGACUGGAAAGACCUGGAUUCAUUCCACGGUCGAGUCAGCACCAUGAACUACAUCGGCCAUGGCACCUACACCACCUACGCCGUCGCCAAUGCCUCCCAGCUGCUGGUCCAGGAGACGCCGGCGGACAGCGUCAGGGUUGCAGUGCUGAUGACCGACGGGGUCGAGCAUCCUCGCAACCCUGAUGUGAUUGCAGCUACGGCUGAGGCCAAAGGUCACGGCAUAAAGUUCUUUGCUGUUGGGUUGUCGGACGCCGCCCAGCAGAGACACAAUAACGCCAGGCUUCGGGCCAUCGCCAGCGCACCGGCUCAGCAGUUUGUGCAGAGUCUUCUUGAUCCUGAGCUGGAGGAGAAGCUGCUGGGAGAGCUGGCUGCAGUUGCAUUAGAAGGCUGUCCACAGGUACAAGUGUGUCUGUGUGAAAGAGGAGAAAGAGGUCCUCCAGGAAGUCCUGGUAGAAAAGGAGAAUCUGGCUUCAGAGGGACACCUGGUCUUAAAGGAGCAAAGGGGGAGCCUGGCUUGAAUGGUCGACCUGGAAGUGAUGGUCUGGAGGGUCAACCAGGCUACAAGGGAAACAAGGGAGAGAGAGGAGACUGUGGUACUCCAGGGGAGAAGGGUGACAUUGGCCCAGAAGGACUGGCAGGCCAACGAGGGCCCAAAGGGGAAAAGGGUUCGAUAGGACCCACAGGAGACACGGGUCCUGAGGGGCCCCCAGGACCUAAGGGCGACAUGGGGCCCAGUGGUGUUCCAGGACCACCGGGGGAAACCAGCAGAGGCUUCCCAGGAGCUAAGGGUGAAAAGGGACUUCAGGGCAGAUCCGGUCCCCCAGGUCCGGUUGGGAUAGGAGACCCAGGACUCCCAGGUCCUCCAGGCCCACCAGGACCACAAGGAAACACCGGGCCACCGGGAGAAGGCUUUCCAGGGCCAAAGGGUGACAGAGGCUACGAGGGUCAGAGAGGCAACCGUGGGUCUCCUGGUCUCGGAGUUAAAGGUGAAAAGGGCAAUCCUGGACCCCCUGGGGUUAUAGGUCCAGUGGGUGGUCCUGGUUUAGGACUUCAAGGAGAAAAGGGUGAUCAAGGUCCACCUGGACCUGUCGGACCCAGAGGAUCUCCAGGUGUUGGAAUAACAGGAGCUAAGGGUGAGCAGGGCCUUAAAGGGGAGCUUGGACCUCCAGGUGAGAGGGGAGUGGGAGAGCCGGGACCCAAGGGCGACCCAGGUGCUGAGGGGUUGCCAGGUUUGCCAGGUCAGCUAGGAGAAGACGGAGCUCCAGGACAAAAGGGUGACGUUGGGCUGCCGGGUCCCAGGGGACCUGACGGGAUCCCAGGUAAAGGCGUUCCUGGAGGAAAGGGAGACAGAGGGGACAGAGGGACCAGAGGGCUGCCAGGUCCAGUUGGUCCCGUGGGCCCGAUGGGACCAAAGGGGGAACCAGGUAUUAUGGGUCCAGCAGGCGUAAUGGGACCACCCGGACGGGGAAUAUCUGGUGCCAAGGGAGAACCAGGACUACAAGGACCACCAGGAGCUGUGGGAGAGCCGGGUAUGGGCCUACCCGGACCCAAGGGUGACAGAGGGGCUCCUGGACCUGCAGGGCCACCCGGUCCGAAAGGAGAAGGCCCCCCGGGUCCCCCAGGGCUUCCAGGGCCUCCUGGCCUGACAGGAGAGAUUGGACCAGAGGGAGUUGGUUUACCUGGACCAAAGGGAGACAGGGGCUUGCCUGGACCUCCUGGACCUUCUGGGCCUCCAGGAAUUGGUCUAAUGGGUGCCAAGGGUUCAGUUGGACAAAUGGGACUGCCUGGUCCACAGGGGUUACCUGGAGAAGGAAUUCAAGGACAAAAGGGGGAGCCUGGACCUCAGGGAAUCCCAGGCCUCAAAGGUCUGCCUGGACAUGGUCUUCAGGGGGAUAAGGGCGACCGAGGGUUCAGAGGAGACAGAGGCAAUAAGGGAGAUAAAGGAGAUCCAGGAGAGCCGGGAGCCAUCGGACCUUUGGGCAGAGUGGGACAGAAGGGAGAGCCUGGACUCACAAGGGAGGAAAUCGUCAAAAUAGUGCGAUCCAUCUGCAGUUGCGCGGUGACCUGUCGCCAGUCCCCCUUAGAGCUUGUGUUUGUGAUCGACAGCUCCGCGAGCGUCGGCCCAGAAAACUUCGACGUGAUCAAAGACUUCGUUAGCUCCCUGAUCGACCGGGCCUCGGUCGGCCGGGACUCCACGCACGUGGGCGUGCUCCUCUACAGCCACAUCAACACCGUGGUGGUGCGACUCGGGCAGGAGGCCACGCGCGACCACAUCAAGGCCCUCGUGCGCUCCAUGGUCUACAUGGGCGAGGGCACGUACACGGGCAGCGCCAUCCGGCAGGCCUGCCAGCUGUUCAGCGAGGCGCGGCCGGGCGUGAGGAAGGUGGCCAUCGUCAUCACAGACGGCCAGGCGGACAAGAGGGACUCGGUGAGUCUGGAGAGCGCCGUGACCGAAGCCCGAGGGAGCAGCGUGGAGAUGUUUGUGGUCGGCGUGGUGAACGGAAGCGACCCUCUGUUCGAGGACUUCAGGAAGGAGCUCGGCCUCUUGGCCUCGGACCCGGAGAGCAGACACCUGUACCUCAUCAACGAUUUCAAAAAACUCCCAGAACUUGAAGUAAAGCUGCUAGAUCAAAUCUGUGAACACGGAGAAAGACGCUUGUUCAGCGACAUCCCGAGCUCCACACGUCCUCCAGGCUUCCCUGACGUCGCCGGUAACAUUCAGGAGCCCCCGUUCCAGACGGACACAGACACGCCCCGCUUCACGGGGGACGUCAGGAGAGCUCACCAAGUGCCCGGACCUCCUGCCUCUCACCUGGACAGAGAACCCAAGACAGACCCCAGAACCUCCACAGAAAAGCAGAGGUUUCCGUUCUUUGACAGGGAGCCCUUCAGGCCUGUAACCGAGUUCUACUCUCAGUUUGAGAAGAACCCCGCACACCGCGUAGUGAUGACAGAAGGCGCCGGUCCCACGCAAAAGGCGCCGCCGCCGACUCCUCCGCUGCUGCCGCCUGACACCCACAUACCAGCCCACAGCUGCAGCCAGAGCCUGGAUCCAGGGCCGUGUCGGGACUACGUGGUGAGGUGGUACUACGACGCCACGGCCAACGCCUGCGCCCAGUUCUGGUUCGGAGGCUGUCAGGGGAACAGCAACCGGUUUGAGACUGAAACGAGCUGCAGACAAGCCUGCGUCACGGUCUGACACGCGAAGCUGGUCGCUCCCAUCUCACAUCUACAUCUUCACAUUUCCCUGUAGCUGCACGGGAUCAAACCAGAUUAGUGACUAGGGACUGAAAUGGUUCCUACAGCCUUGUGUUGACUGUUUGUGAUGUUACUCGCUCGCCGGCGGCACAGUUAAACAUAAAACAAACUUCUGUAGCCACAUCCUAUUAAAAACUGUUGUAUGAUACAAUGAUGUAUUUUUUUACUUGUCUUAAAUUUGUCAUUAAAGCAAAAAAUACUAAGCAAAUAAACCUUAAGCUUGUGGUGGAGGUUUAUUGAUGAUGUCAUGGUGUAGUGGCUAAAAAGACUGAAGGACACAGCUUGAGCUACGUUCUCAUGUUCCUGCAUCAUUUCAUCCUAUAAUUCAAAGACCUGCCGUUGAAAGCAGUGAC